ACAGGGCGAGCUGUCGGAUACAUCAAGUUGCUGGACGCAGCCUGGUGAAGAAGAGGGGGAGGAUGACAGAUGCUGAGCAGAAGUCAGCAAAUGCCCUUCUCAGCUUUAUCUAUGCCAGAAAGCUCUCUUCCACACUUCAACUGUUCCACUAAACACCCUGUGCGUACCGCACCCAUCACGAACUAGGCAGGAGCCCCCUGAAGAAUGUGGCUCCUCACCCGACUCUGCCGGAUUUGAGGUACUGAUGAGUCACAUCGAUAGCCAAGACCUGGACCCACGGGGACUUGACCCUUCCUCUUCACCUGCCCAGUGUCUAGAUGCAUGAAGCCUUUUCUGUCUUCCCUGAUGUUUUGGGAAAUGUUGACAGUAGUCUCUGGCUGAAUAGAUCCAAUGUGUCCCGGAGGCAAGGUUAUAUGAAAGGCCUUGUAGGGAAUGCCAUGACUUUAGGAACCUGGCAGGAGAGGGUCUCCUUGGACCUGUGGGUGACCUUGGUGCUGAGGGUAGGUGUGUCAUCCAGUAAGACAGCUGCAUGAUAAGCAGGAGGAGGUCUAGGUGAGUUCAGGGCAGUCACUGGGGAUGUCCGUGGAUGUCCCUGCUGUCUAUUUCCUGUCCCAAGGUAGCUUUUAGUAAUACCAAGGGGCCAUGUUUUAGGGACUGUCUGCAAAUGACAGAUCUUGACACCAGAGGACAACUCUUAAGAUCCCUGAUAUAUUCCUCCCUCUGUCUCUGGAGUGCCUUGGAUUGAGCCCUGUGCUCAGAGACUAAUGUCAGACAUGAGAAUCAUCUCUGAGGAAGCUGGGCACACUGUCUGCCCUGUGAGAGUGAAUCACUCCAAUCGCUCACUCCCAAGAUAGCUUGGGUGUCACUUGGCCCACCAUGAGCAUGGCAGGUGAAGUACACAAGUUCACUCAUGCUUUUGCUAAACAGUCUGUGACCCGUGGUGAUUUUCACACAAAACCACCUCUAACAAGUCAACAACCGAGAUGAAAACGCACACUAUAAACACCGACCAUCACACACAGUUUCAAGAGCACCCAGUGACAUCUGCUGCACUGUGCAACCGCCACCUCUGGCUUGUUCAGAAAGGUUUCAUCAGCCCCACCAAAACCCACAACCAUUUGACAGGAAACCAUGUUUAACUUCCUCCCCACCCUUCAGAGCCACAGAAUGAAGAAGGAUCCCUUGACGGUGGGCAGGGAGCAAACACAGGCUCUCCACAGAGAUGCCAUCCUUGUUCCAGCUCCGAGGGGAACCCAGGGUGCCUGCUUGAAAUACCCAACCACCGUUGCCACCAGCCGCCACCUUCCACCCUUCCACCAGAGAGCAGGUGCUAAAUUGGCCCUCCAGCUGCGGAACAGUAACAAUUAACGUCACCACAGCUGUAAUUUUUGAGGAAAUGAGAAACAUUAAUAACUACUACCAAAAGCUGAAAACCAAGGCGAACACAAAGCACAACACUGCCUGGAGGUGAAAGGGGUUCAGAUGGGCCACUGCCCCUGGAGGGCAUGGACGGGGCCUCACUUACCCUGGAACUGGGCUUUCCUGAGGGAAAGGAAGCAUUGGCAUGUGGAUCUGAGAGUUUGAGGUCAGCCUGGUCUACAUGGCAAGUUCCAGGUCAUCCAAGACUACAUGUUUAAGGGUACAGUCUGGCAAGCAGGCAAGACUUGGUGGCAGAAACUGGAAAUACCUGAUCACACUGCACCUGCAGGGAAGGAGACACCUGAUCACACUGCAGCUGCAGGAAAGGAGACACCUGAUCACACUGCACCUGCAGGAAAGGAGACACCUGAUCAUACUGCACCUGCAGGGAAAGAGACACCUGAUCACACUGCACCUGCAGAGAAGGAGACACCUGAUCACACUGCACCUGCAGGGAAAGAGACACCUGAUCACGGUGCACCUGCAGAGAAGGAGACACCUGAUCACACUGCAGCUGCAGGGAAUGAGACACCUGAUCACACUGCACCUGCAGAGAAGGAGACACCUGAUCACACUGCAGCUGCAGGGAAAGAGACACCUGAUCACACUGCACCUGCAGAGAAGGAGACACCUGAUCACACUGCAGCUGCAGGGAAUGAGACACCUGAUCACACUGCACCUGCAGAGAAGGAGACACCUGAUCACACUGCAGCUGCAGGAAAGGAGACACCUGAUCACACUGCAGCUGCAGGAAAGGAGACACCUGAUCACACUGCAGCUGCAGGGAAUGAGACACCUGAUCACGGUGCACCUGCAGAAAAGGAGACACCUGAUCACACUGCACCUGCAGGAAAGGAAUCACCUGAUCACACUGCACCUGCAGAGAAGGAGACACCUGAUCACACUGCACCUGCAGGGAAUGAGACACCUGAUCACACUGCACCUGCAGAGAAGGAGACACCUGAUCACACUGCAGCUGCAGGAAAGGAGACACCUGAUCACACUGCAGCUGCAGGAAAGGAGACACCUAAUCACACUGCAGCUGCAGGAAAGGAGACACCUGAUCACACUGCAGCUGCAGGGAAAGAGACACCUGAUCACGGUGCACCUGCAGAAAAGGAGACACCUGAUCACACUGCACCUGCAGGAAAGGAAUCACCUGAUCACACUGCACCUGCAGAGAAGGAGACACCUGAUCACACUGCACCUGCAGGGAAGAAGCAGAGUGGCAGAUGCUUGUACUUAGCUUGCUCUUUCCUUUGUAUUCCAUUCAUAACUCCAGAUCAUAGAAAGCUGCUGCUACAGUUAAGGUAGGUUUUGUCGUGCCAAUGAACCCAGCCUGUUAAUAAAUAACUCCUCCUUACAGGAAUGCCCAGGGCUAACAACUCUCUGUAACUCCUCACAGAUGUUCCCCAUACAUGGUGGUUCCUGAGUUCCCACAGGGAUCCCUCAGGUCCCAGCUAUGGCUUCCUGACAUCGCACCUGGAGCUUUUAGGAGUCACACCCGUAGAUCCCAAGAUCUACCUGCAGUUCUUGGGGUCCCUCCUACCACCUCUGAGGUCUUAUCUAGGGUUUACUUAGGCCCUACCAAUAGUUCUAGGGCUCCCACCUGUGGUUCCCCAGAGCUCCCCUAAAAUUUUCUGGCUUCUAGACUUGGAAGGUGAAUUACCAGAAGCCAGAGCCCUGCCAAGGUCCCCUCUCCCUUCAGCGUCUCAUGUCCACUCUGCAUGUGGCCAUUGAAAGCAAAGGCACUCACUGACUGUUGUUAGGUGAAGCAAGCCAUAGAGCGGGAAUGGGAUGAUUCUCCUGAGUCGUGCAUUUGCCCCACAGUCGAUGAACUGAAUUACUAGAGCCAUCUGUUUAGAGCAAUCGAUCCUCCCAAUGACCUAUAAGCAAUGGACCAAGAAUUCCUUGGCUAUCUCAGAACUGGUAACCGGAGUAAAGGGAAGCAAAAAGAGCUGAACUCCACGCAAGACGGUUCUCAUACCCUUGAUGCUGUCUAGCACCAAAUCAAGGUCACCGAUUCAUCUAAAGAAUCCCAAAGGGCACUUGACCUCAAUUUUUAUAAUUUUCUCACUGAAAUGCAAGAGAAACUUCCUUGCUGUUCUCUUAUUCCCCCUUUGUUACUCCGAAAAAGUUGAAGUUGAGAUGGCAAUUCUCUCUGGAAUUUAAUAUCUGUUCUCAACUAUCCUGUUUAAUUGCUAACCAAUUCUUUAGAAAAUUGAAUCACUAUAUUACACUGUGUUUAUGCACUGAUGGCCUGGGAAGGGUUGGCAGGGACCUCCGCCAAAGUUAACAGCGGCUGUGUUUCAAGCUGUGAGCGGUUUAUUAGAAAAUUUCAUGCCGGAAUUUUCCUUCACUUUAAUUUCUUUGGCUUUUUAAAUUUUUAAGUUGAAGUCCCAUGUUGGGUGUAAGCGUGUUAAAGCUGGGACCGCAGUGUGAAACCCUCGCCACCUGCCUUAUAGUUGCUGUUACUUGAAAGCCUAUUAAACAAGGUCCGAGAGCAUCAUGGGGAGGGCUUGCAGAUAGAAGAGUAUUAAGGAGCUGCCCGACACCACCAUAGCCCUGUUCCACACCUGUGGGUGCUUGGGUCAGGGAGUGGCCACUGGCCACCUCCACCUUGGGACCCAGAUCUGUCUAUGAGAAAAUGCCUCAUAUCUGAGAGGCUUUGAUGUUCAUGGUCUAGGAGUCUUUCUAAAGUUAGAUACUCGCAGGAGAGUAUACAGCAAGGCAAGAAGAGGUGGCAUAGGCUAGACCCUGGUUUUCCCCUAGUUCCCAGCUGACACUGGGCAAUUGGAUUUUCCUGCUGUUCAGCUAACAACAUCUGAUGGUGUGUGCUGGUCACCUUAAAGCAAACCAGAGGCACUUGCAAAGAGGAAGCCUUAAAAGAGAAGACGUCUCCAUCAGAUUGGCCUGUAGGUAGGUCUGGGCCAGGCAUUUCUUGAUUAAUGAUGGAUGUAGGAGAGCCCAGCUCACUGUCAGCGCUGCCACACCUGGGCAAGGUGGUCUCGAUUUAUAUAAAACCAAAUGAGUUAGCCAGGGGACUAAGCGGGUAAGCUUAGUGACCCCUCCAUGGUCUCUCCUUCAGUUCAUGCCUCCAGGUUCUUGACUUCCCUUCAUACUGAAUUAUAAACUCUGAACUGAAAUAAACCCUUUCUUUACCAAGUUGGUUUUGGUUGUGAUGUUUAUCACAGGCUCUCUGCCCGUGUCUCCUUUCCUGGACAACACAAUGCCCUGCUAUGUCACUAAGGUUGCACCUUCCCAAGGUGUCUUGGAAACGUAUUUACAUCUGUUCUAGAGAACCUCCAUGUGCACUUUAAUACCAUCCAAUGAAUUGCCAUAAAGGAACAUUAU